AUGAUUGUUAUGUAUUAUUUUCUUUCUUUCUUUUUUUCUUUGUUUUUUCAUUCUGUUUUUUUUUCUCUCUCCUUUAAUUCAUUCAUUUUUGUUUCUUUUCUAUUUGUUUUCUUCAUUCUUUCAUUCUUUAUUUCUUACUUUCUUUUAUUCUUUCCUUCUUUAUUUCUUUUCUUCUUUCAUUCAUUCUUUCUUUUAUUCUUUUCUUCUUUAUUUCUUUUCUUCUUUCAUUCAUUCUUUCUUUUAUUCUUUCCUUCUUUAUUUCUUUUCUUCUUUCAUUCUAUGCUUCUUUCAUUCAUUCUUUCUUUUUUGUCCCACAUUUUUGUGUUAUAUCUUGUCUUUUUCCGAACUUUCUUUUUCUUAUUCCCUUCUUCAUUUUCUUUUUCUCUCCCGCACUUUUUUAUUAUACCUUCUUGUACAUGUUCUUAUUCACUAUUCAUUUUUGAAGUAAUUGUAUUUUCUUUUUUUCUUUCUUUCUUUCUCAAGGACAUUCUUCUUUUUCUUCUUUACUCUUCCCACUUCUUUAUUUUUUAUAUUGCUGCACUUUCUUUCUUUCUUUCUUUCUUUCUUUAUUUCAUCCACUUUUUCAUCUAUACAUUAAUCUGUUUUUUUCUUCUAUUUCUUCCUUCUUAUUACUAA